AUGACACACACUCAACCUUCUUCGGGCACAAUCAAAAUUGCAGAGUAUCUUCUCGCAAGACUCCAACAACUGGGCAUCCGGUCAAUCUUUGGAGUGCCUGGUGAUUACAACCUCCGGUUACUGGACUUUGUUGAACCCGCCGGGCUGCAUUGGAUUGGGAAUUGCAACGAACUGAAUGCCGCCUAUGCGGCAGAUGCAUACGCCCGAGUGAACGGUCUCUCGGCUCUGAUCACGACCUACGGAGUUGGCGAACUAUCGGCCAUCAAUGGCAUUGCGGGGGCCUUUACCGAAAAGGCCGGCAUCAUCCAUAUCGUUGGGACCCCGGCGCGCGACCUGCAAUUGGCACGGAAGAAAGUGCAUCAUACCCUCGCCGACGGCGAUUACCGCCACUUUGCAACGAUGGCAUCGCAUGUCACCAUAGCCCAGGCGAAUCUCAUGGAUCCAUCUACUGUCCCGGAACAGAUUGAUUGGACACUCCAACAGGCCAUGAUCUACAGCCAACCCGUCUAUAUCGAGUUGCCGGACGACAUGGUGGAUGUCACCAUCAGUGCCUCUAGACUAUCGACGCCUAUUUCGGUCCCUGAACGCCUGGCAUGCCCGGACGAACCGCUACAAGAAGUUCUGGAACGUAUUUACAAAGCCCAGCAGCCACUCAUCCUGGUUGACGGAGAAUGCGGAUCGAUGCGGAUUCUUGACGAAGUCGAUGAGCUGGCCAAGAUCACUGGCUGGCCUACAUGGACGACUGUCUUUGGAAAGGGACUAGUGAAUGAAGAACUCCUGAAUGUUUACGGGCAUUACAAUGGUUCUCUGGGUAGCAAGGCAUGGCAGGCCUACUUCGACUCGGCAGAUCUGAUCAUCGCGCUUGGGCCCCAUUACACCGACACCAAUACCUACAAUUUCACAACCAUCCCACGGGACGAGGUUUCCAUUUUGCUCUCUAAGGCUAUGGUCCAGAUUGGCUCCAGGCGCUAUCGUGACAUCCCCGACGGUUUUCUGUUCAGACUACUCAGGCGCCUGGACAAGGAUAGGGUGCCCAAAGUGCAAGCCCCUCCUAGAAGCACUGCCACUGAAAACCGAAACAUGAUCGAUCAUGACACAGCUUUGGUCCAGAAGACCUUUUAUUCCUACGUCAACAGAGCAUUCCGCCCAGGCGACCUGAUUCUCACCGAAACCGGUACGGCCGCUCACGGUGGAAGGCAGUUUAAACUUCCUCCCCAGUCACGUCUCUUCGGACCGGCAACAUGGCUAUCCAUCGGGUAUAUGUUACCAGCAACCCUGGGUGCCGCAGUUGCCAAGCGCGAGUUAAGUGAGAAUGCCAACGCCCGUGCCAUUCUGUUCAUCGGAGAUGGCAGCCUCCAGAUGAGUGUACAGGAGAUCAGUACUAUUAUCAAGGAAAAGCUCAACGUCAUCAUCUUUAUCAUUAACAAUGGAGGAUAUACUAUCGAGCGUGCAAUCCAUGGAAGGAAGCAGUCCUACAAUGACAUCGCUUCCUGGAGACACCAGCACACUAUCGCCUUCUUUGGGGGUACAGAGGAGCAAUCUGCCAACAGUUUCAGCGCAAGAACCUACGCCGAGCUUGACAGAAUCCUGGAGGAUGAUCGCAUUCAAAAGGGAAGCGGGUUGAGAGUGGUGGAGGUGUUUAUGGGGCAGGAAGAUGUCGAAGGAGCUUUGUUAAAACUGAUGGAGGAUCAGAUCUCAGCGGAACAGCCGUAGAACCGACCGUUUGUGCCUUAAAUGUGUUACAUAACGAGACUCUUACAUACCG